AUGGCCGAUACCAACAAUUUGUUACGGUUCUUGACGGCCGAGGCAAAGCUUCCUCUGGCCGCUGCCAUCGCUCAAGCCGCAGGUCUUCAGAAGGCAAAUCUAGUCACCAUCGAGGAUCUUGCCAAAACCGACUUUGACACUCUCAAAGCAGCUUCCGCCACCGACAAAGCUGCGAAAGCCACUUUAGCUGCUGCAAAGCGUGUCUCUAUCAAACGCAAAAGAGGCCUCCCUGAGUCUUCUACUCCACUGUCUUCCAAGCGUGCCAAAGCCGACCCUGCCGAAAUCAAGUCUCCAGCCGAUGUAGAAGCUUCGCUGACCUUACCUGUGUCUGACCUCGCUGAAGACGAGCUUGCGAACAUUGCACUUAUCACUAACCGUGCUCCUUUAUUACUGGCAUUUGCUGCCACUCUAAUCAAGUACACUAUGCCUGAACAACCCACUUCCUCACGUCUGAGUCUUGCUCAGGCCGUAACUUCUUUGAAUGCACAAGCCAAAGCCGCCAACAUUGGCCUUGCAAACUCAACCGCAGAGAAAGAAGGUUGGGGUCAGGGCCAGUCGCUCGUUCGGGUCAUGUCUAGGGACGUCCGCGUCUUGAAGCGCUGGGGAUAUGAUUGGAAACCAGAUACAAAAGAUUCUUCAAAGGACAUCAAGACAGAAGUUUCAGACCAGAAACCUACGACUGGCGAGCUCGAUGCCCCGUCUGCAGAAGAGUCACCUGCACUGCUCGCGCUCGACCUGGAGCAGCUGAAGCGUCUAGAUGGUCCUCCAAUUGUCUCUGCAUCUGCAAGCACAGCCGGUCUGCCAGUAUAUCACGCAGACUCUGCACGAAGCUAUAUCAUGAGAGCUUUUGAUUCUGUCUACGACGAUGAACCCGAGACGAAGAAAAAGAAGAGACCAGCGGCUGAGCUUGCCGCGGAGCGCGAGGCGAAUCUAGGACACCUCAUCAGGGCGCUGGACCUGUUGUUUCAGUCGUGGUCCACCGUAAUCAGCUCAGAUGAUCUAGACAAACGUGCUUGGAGUUGGUAUGUCAAAGUACGACCACAAGUUGAAGCAGGUCGUGCUGGUUGGGGGGCAAAAGGUCAAGUCAAGCUCAAGGAUAUCUUGGAACUAAGGCGACCUGAUUGA